GCGGGCGCUGGGGGUGCGGUGCGGGCGGUGCGGCGAUGAGCGCGGCGGUGCGGGCGGGCUGGCGGGUCGGGGCCGCCGCCGCCGCUCUGCGGGGCCGGGCCGGGCGCCCGCUCAGCCAGGCGGCCGGAGAGGGCGCCGGGGCCCAGGGCGGCGGGGGCGGCGGCUCGGGCUCGGGGUCGCGGGAGGCGGUGGAGCGGCUGGUGCGGGAGCACCCGGUGGUGGUGUUCAUGAAAGGCAGCCCGGCACAGCCGCUGUGCGGGUUCAGCAACGCCGUGGUGCAGAUCCUGCGGCUGCACGGCGUGGAGGAUUACCGCGCCCACGACGUGCUGCAGGACCCCGACCUCCGCCAAGGAAUAAAAAACUACUCCAACUGGCCUACCAUCCCACAAGUGUACCUCAAUGGUGAAUUCGUUGGUGGCUGUGAUAUACUCCUCCAGAUGCACCAGAAUGGAGAUCUUGUAGAAGAGCUGAAGAAACUAGGAAUCCGUUCAGCGCUACUGGAUGCAGAGAAAGACCAAGAAAAAAAGUAAAAUGAGCAAAAAAAGAAAAGUGCUGUGACAGGAAUAAAGCAAAUCUUUGAUGAGAACUUGUUACCAAUAAAGCCUUACGUACUUUAGGUCAAAGAAGGCAUCUUUUUGAACUGACACUAAAUGAAUGUCUCUUAGCUCAUGGUAAAUGUAGUGAUCUUGGUAUUAUGAUUUAUGGAUAUUGUGAAAAUUUGAAUAUAACCACUGCACUGUAUAACAUACGUUUGUGGAAAUUGUUGCUUUGAAAAAGAAGUAGUUCACUUCUAAAGCAUUCUCUUCUUAAUUGAGGUGGGAGUAAACCAAAAGAACUAAUAAUAUUUUUAUGAAUUUUGAGUGUGUGUUUCUCUUUUCUUUGAUACAUGAACCUACACAAAGAGCAUUUCAUUCCCUUUCUUCUCUUGAAAAAGCGUUAAGUAAUAGUGCAUCAGUUUUUCUGUAUAACUCCUGGUGAUAAGACUUCCUGAAAGCCUGUAAAACUUGUGUAAUCACAUACAAUAUAGGAGAAAAACAGUUUUCCAACAAUAUAGGAGAAAAAAGAUUAUGAGAGUGCAUGAAAUAUGCUUUUAUUCCAAAGGGUAAAAAUAAACAGACCUGUACAAAUACAUGUAUAGUGGUCAUUAUUACUUUGUAACUUUCUGAUGGCUUUUAAAACUGCUAAGCAUUGUGCCUAAAUAUUUUAUAAAACCUUUUCUACCUCUUGCAAAGCAGCUUUUCCCCCUGCUUAUAUAAUUUGUGUGUUGUAGUUCUGUGUUAGUGCUCAAAUGUGGGAAUUGUUUCAGGCUUCAGUAUUCUAGCUUGAAAUAGUACAGGAGAACACUUCAGUUAUUACUGUAAUCUUGUAUUAUUUACUAGUUACUAAGUUAUCUUUUUAUAUGUUUGUGUUUCCAAGUGUUUUCUCUCUUGACUGCUGUGCUUCAAAGAAUAUAGUCUUCAAACAUGGAAUUUACAGAUGAAAUGUUCAUGUGGAUGAGUGCAGCAGACAGGCUACUGAAAAGAUAAAGAUAAAUAUUUCUUUGUGGAAAGUCUCUGAAUUGUCUAUAGCUAUCUAACUACAUUUCCCUAAGUGAAAACAAAUUGUGUUAGCCAGUGUAGCUUCAGCUCUAUAGCAGUACUGCUAAGGUUAAAAUCUAACCAAGCUGUUUCUAAAUGCAGUUUUAUUAAUAUAAACCAGUUUGCAUGUGAAUUAAGCAAAUGGUUGGAAAUAAACUGUAUUUCAUGUUGAUUGUCUACAAUAGUUGCUCUUUAUUUUAAAUUACUAGUGAAACUGAUAUUACUUUUGAUUUGAAACCCAAGAUGUUUUCCACUGCAUAAGAUAGAAAAUGUGUUUUGGAGAAAGAAAAAAUUGUGAAUGGUCAGUGGAAGAGGAGGACAGGACUGGAACUUGCAGACAAGAGAGAUUUGAUGAAAGUUCCAGUUCUAAAUCUCUCCUACCUAAAUAAGCAAGUGGAGAAACUCUACGAGUACAUUCUUCACAGAAUUUGCCAAACUGAUCACUGUAAGCUUACUGUCUGGUUUUAAUGCAAUUCAUAUCACCAGGAUUAAAUACAGUGCUUGUGUUCUCUGUGUAUUCCCUUGUUCCUGACAGCUGCCCUGUGCCAGUGGAGGUGACUGAAUGGCCACUGCCUGUGAAUAAGUUACAGUCGGGGACAAUCACUCGCGGUUUUAGGCAAGGAGAUAUGAGUGCAUGAUUUCUUCUGUUCAUGGACCACACCAUAUUCAUUAAAUGCAAAGCUUUAGGUAUGGGUGAAAGUUAAUUCUGAGCAUUUGAAUUCAAAUUAAAUGACCUUUCUUACAGCUAAUCUUUCACAAGUAGUUUUUGCCAUUUGGAAUGUAAAACAACAUUUAGAAAAAUAAGUGAAUUUCAAAAGUCUUUGUUUAGUUGUGUCAAAAGACCUAUUGAAAUGAAUGUACACAGUAAACAAAGAAUAAGAUAAUGAAGAAAAUUUGAUUAUUUCUGUUUCAAUGGUUAACUCUUAGUCUGGCUACUAAAUAAAUCUAUUAAAACAA